UUUGGUGUACCAUUUUUAAUAAAUUGCAAAAAUAUGUCUAUAUAUCCGAAACCACAAAAAUUUGUUAAAGAAAACUACAGCACUGCAAUGCAAGCGAUUGCAUUGGGAAUGUCCACACAGAAGGCUUCCACAAUUUACAGUAUACCGGUAGCAGCACUACAGAGACGAUCAGAGAAAGAAAUACGUCGCAAAAAGGAUAAGUUAUCACUGUUAUCACCAGAAGAAGAAUUGCGUAUUGAACGUUGGGUAGUUGAUUGUUGGCGUACACGUUUUACAAGCUGUGAUGACUGUGGAAUAUGUGCGGCAGCAUUUCAAUUAUUCAAGGAAAGUGGUCGCUUUACACGUAAUCCAGAAUUUGGUAAGCGCUGGUAUACUCAAUUUCGUAUGAAACAUCCAGCUGUGAAAAAAAUAAUGGAUUCAUAUUCAGUACCACCAGCCAAUUGGAAUUUUGAUUAUAAUCAAUUACGUGAAUGGUUUGAUGGUAUUAAAAUUUACUUGGAUGAGAAUGACUUAUCGAAAUUUUUACUUAACGAAAAUCGUGUAUUUCAUUGUACAGUGGAAAGGUUUGAAAAAUUUAGUAUAAUAAUGAGUUACUCUGCCGCUGGCAGUUCGACGCCCCCAUUGAUUGUAUUACCGAUCAAAGCACAAAAAGUGACUUUGCCGAAAAUUUGGACAACAUACACACAACCGCAAGCUGCUAUAGAUAGUGAGGUUUUACGGCAUUAUAUACAAAAAGUGCUCUAUCCAGGUUUAGUGCAAAGAAAAGUAGAAUUUCCAGUCAUUUUGUUUAUUGAUCAACAGGAACAACCGCCCUCUAUGGCACUAUUGGACACUUGUAAGCAACUGAACAUAGUUUUACUUAAUCUCUAUAAUAUGGCAUUUCAAAAACUUAAGUUUGCAUGGGCAAGUUCAAUUCAUAAAUGGUUUGCAGCAUCUCUAAAACACAUACCUAGCAGAGAUUAUGUCGAUACACUAAAGUACUCACUAAAGUCUACACUGACAAAACAAAAUAUAAAGAAGGCAUUUAAAACUAAUGGCUUAUUUCCCUUUAGCUUUGCAGAAGUAGAUUCGCUAUAUUUUACGGAAGGCUUGAAGCGACAAAAUACGGUGGAUGCAUCUACUGAAACAGUGUACGAGGUCCCACGAUGUACGGUCGCAACGAAUACGCAAAGAAUUGAUUUUGGAAUUUCUUUAAGUGAUUUUAAAGAUAUUGUAGGCUCCUCAUAUAUUGCGUAUUUGGACGAUUAUCUGAGCAUGGAGGGUAACAUGGUAAACUGCAGUCAUGAAUUUCAAUGCUUGUUUAAGAUAUAUCAUAGACUAGUUUCAGAAUAUAGAAAUAACUUGUACAACAGAAUAGAUUAACGAGCUGGUAACUAAAGGAGUCUUUUAUCAAAUCGUCUGUGUUAAAUUUUUUCUUUAGUUAAUAGUUUGUUGAUAAGAAGAUAUUUAGAUAUACAAAAUUCAUGUUUUAGUAUUCCGUAUAAUAAAAAACAAUAUAAUCU